AUGGUGCGCGUACCGUUCAAGGAAGACGUUCUGAGAAAAGUAGAUCGCAAUAAACGCACUGCAUAUCAUCGUUUUCGCUUGAUUGAGAACCGACUAGGACGAGACCAGCAGUUAGCCGACGAAUACACGAAGUUUAUGGAUGAGUACGAGGAGUUGGGCCACAUGGAGCGAAUUAAAAACAUGGAAGCAGUGUCUGGACCUGCCUACUAUAUUCCGCAUCAUCCAGUGAUUAAAGAAGAUAGCACCACCACCAAGGUCCGCGUCGUCUUCGAUGCUUCGUGCAAGAGCGCUAGUGGAGUUUCUUUGAACGAUGCCAUGCUGGUUGGUCCCGUCGUUCAGGAGGAUUUGAGGGCAAUCACGAUGAGAUCCCGACUUCAUCCGAUCAUGCUAAUCGCCGACGUUGCCAAAAUGUAUCGGCAAAUCUUGCUGUUUCCCGAAGACCGCCGAUUUCACCUAAUCUUCUGGCGCCGAUCUCAGACAGACCCGAUCCAAACCUUCAGAUUGAAGACUGUAACCUACGGAACCGCUUCAGCACCGUAUCUUGCUACCAGAGUACUGAAACAGAUCGCUCUUGACGAGGGCGCGAAUUAUCCAGCCGCAGCUCAGGCGGCUAUCGAAGAUUUUUACGUUGACGACCUUUUUUCUGGAGCAAACACUGUCGCCGAAGCCAUCGAACUUCGCGAGCAAAUGGAUGCCAUGUUGAAUUCAGCCGGAAUGCAACUCCGAAAAUGGGCGAGCAAUUCUCCGGCAGUACUCGUAAGCAUUCCUCCAGCCAACCGAGCCAUAGAACCGUCGGUGGACUUUGCCAAGGACCAGUCCAUCAAAACUCUGGGCCUGCACUGGGAGCCCGGCUCGGAUCAGUUGAAGUACGUCGUCCCCGAAGCCUCCGUCGUUCUAAACACCGUAGUAACGAAGCGCAGUUCCCUGUCCAGCAUCGCUAAGUUGUUCGACCCACUCGGUCUGGUAGGUCCUGUAGUAGUCGUUGCCAAGGUUUUCAUGCAAGCACUGUGGGGUCUGAAGGACGAGAAUAACAAACCGUACGAUUGGGAUACAGAACUGCCAGACGAAAUGAAACGCCGCUGGACCGAAUACUGCUCCGAACUGCCCCGCUUGAACCAAUUGCGCAUCGAUAGGUUUGUCCUGCUCCCCGAUUCAACCUCUGCUGAGCUCCAUUUCUUUUCGGACGCCUCUUUAACCGCCUAUGGAACGUGUGCAUACAUCCGAUCAUCAAAUGCUUGCGGUACAGUAAAGAUCGCGCUACUGACGUCUCGAUCAAAGGUUGCACCGCUCAAGCAGCAAAGCAUUCCACGUUUAGAGCUGUGUGGUGCACUUUUAGCCGCUGAACUUUACUGUAAGGUCAGCGCUGCGCUGCGUAUAUCUUCCAAGGCGUACUUCUGGGUUGAUUCGACGACCGUUUUAAGCUGGCUCAAGGCAACACCUUCUACGUGGUCCACAUUCGUCGGAAACCGCAUAUCAAAAAUCCAACAGAUGACCGAGAACUGUGAGUGGAACCAUAUCGCCGGCCAUGAGAAUCCUGCUGAUAUAAUUUCGAGAGGAUUGCCAGCGGCGGACCUUAUUCAGUCUCAACAAUGGUGGCAAGGGCCUCCAUGGCUUCAAAACGACAAGGAAACAUGGCCAGUUCAAGUCAGCGAAGGGAUCGAUCAAGAAGCAACAAAGGAAGCUAGGAGGACUGCACUAGCUACAACUUCACCAUUGCCAACAUUCGUUGAAGAAUACGUCGGACGAUUCUCCAACUACCAAAACAUGCUACGGAUCACUGCUUAUUGGCGACGAUAUUUCAGCAACUUGCGCCUACCUAAAACCAAACGAAUUGUCCUCUCGCCACUCUCCACCGCCGAGAUUCGUGGCGCCGAAUUGGCUCUCAUUCGACUGGUACAGAAAGACUCCUUUCCGGUGGAAUUGAAGGCUGUCAGGGCAAAGCAGGCCAUCUCAUCUCACUCCAGACUUCGUUGGUUUCAUCCAAUCAUCGACAAGGACAACAUUCUCCGCAUCGGCGGACGCCUCGAUCGUUCAGUGCAACCUUUCGACUCCCGCCAUCAGAUUUUGCUCCCAGGAUCACACCCAUUCACGGAACUCCUUGUUCGGAGUCAGCAUGAACGUCUUCUUCACGCAGCAGCUCAGCUUCUUACCAAUACCCUUCGGCUGCGAUUUUGGAUUUUAGGAGGCAGAAACGUUUCUCGACGAAUCGUUCACAAAUGCGUCACGUGUUUCCGAGCAAAGCCGAAAGCCAUUCAACAAUUCAUGGCCGAACUUCCAUCGCAACGCGUCACUGCUUCGCGUCCGUUCUCCAUCGUUGGGAUCGACUUUUGGGGGCCGAUCUAUCUCAAGCCACGCCAUCGCCGAGAUGCACCACCGAAGGCAUAUGUUUCCGUAUUCGUGUGCUUCAGCACAAAAGCCGUCCACUUAGAGCUGGUAGUGGACCUCAGUACGGCCAAGUUUCUCCAAGCCUUUCGUCGCUUCGUUUCUCGUCGUGGUCUGUGCUCAGAUGUUUACACCGACAACGGCAAGAAUUUCGUCGGUUCGGCCAAUGAACUGCGGAAACUUUUGCGCGCCGAAGAGUUCCGGCAUGCCAUCGCCAGUGAAUGUGCAAGUUCUGGUAUUCGAUGGCACUUCAAUCCUCCUCAUGGCUCUCAUUUCGGAGGACUCUGGGAAGCGGCAAUCAAGUCGGCGCAAAAACAUUUUGUUAGAGUGUUGGGAGACCGGAAACUAGCUUUCGACGACAUGGAGACGCUUUUGGUCCAAAUUGAAGGGUGUCUGAAUUCUCGCCCGCUAACAAAGCUAUCAGAUGACCCGUCGGAUCUCCAUGCGUUAACUCCUGGCCACUUCCUUGUCGGAACUUCGCUACAGUCGGUCCCAGACGUCGAUUACGAAUCAACUCCAAUGAACCGCCUCCACCAAUGGCAGCAGAUCCAGAAGAUGCUUCAGGACGUCUGGAAACGCUGGCAUGUAGAAUACCUGCAAAUGCUGCAACCCCGCAGUAAAUGGAUCAAACCACCCGUCGAACUGAAAGAGAACCAAGUAGUUGUCAUCGUAGACGAAAAUCAACCACCAAUGCGCUGGCCUUUAGCUCGAAUCCAUGAGCUACAUCCCGGAAGAGACGGUGUCGUCCGCGUCGUUACGCUGCAGACCGGUUCCGGCCGGCUUACCCGCCCCGUAGCCAAGAUUUGUGUACUGCCAGUUCUAGCACCCAAUGAUGAAGAAUCUUCCUCUACCAACGAAACGUCUUCACAAUCUGUGUUGGACACCUUGUCUUCAGCAAGCCGAUCUACGUAG